GAGUCAGUGCUGCCAACCACACGGCGCGAUCACGAGAUACAUCUCCCUUAUCAUCAGCUGAUGCCAGGUGAAAAUAUCGAACGCACGACCGCGGCCAGUCGGAACAUUUUAUUUGGGGGACCUUGCGCACCUAAUCUAAUAAAAGGGGGGACAUAACCAAGCAACAAGAUGGGGGCCAUGUUCCGAAGCGAGGAGAUGGCUUUGUGCCAGCUCUUCAUUCAGCCUGAGGCGGCUUACACCUCCGUCUCAGAGCUUGGUGAAGCUGGUAGCGUCCAGUUCAGAGAUUUAAAUCCUGACGUAAAUGCGUUCCAAAGGAAAUUCGUCAACGAGGUCCGUCGUUGCGAUGAGAUGGAACGCAAACUGCGCUACAUCGAGGCCGAAGUGCACAAGGAUGGAGUGCACGUGCCCGCCGUUAAGGAAGCCCCCAGAGCGCCCAACCCUAGGGAAAUCAUCGAUCUUGAGGCUCACCUAGAGAAGACAGAAAACGAGAUACUAGAGCUGUCUCACAACGCAGUGAACCUCAAGCAAAACUAUUUAGAACUUACAGAGUUGCGACAUGUUCUCGAAAAAACCGAAGCUUUCUUCACCGCCCAGGAAGAGAUCGGCAUGGAUUCGCUGACCAAAUCUUUAAUAUCAGACGAGACAGGCCAGCAGGCGGCGGCGCGCGGGCGGCUCGGGUUCGUGGCGGGCGUGGUGCAGCGCGAGCGCGUGCCCGCGUUCGAGCGCAUGCUGUGGCGCAUCUCGCGCGGAAACGUCUUCCUGCGCCGCGCUGAGCUCGACAAACCGCUCGAGGAUCCUGCCACGGGUAACGAAAUCUACAAAACCGUGUUCGUGGCGUUCUUCCAAGGCGAGCAGUUAAAAUCGCGCAUAAAGAAGGUGUGCGCUGGAUUCCACGCGUCGCUGUACCCGUGCCCACCCUCCAAUGGCGAGAGACAAGACAUGGUCAAAGGCGUCCGCACCAGGCUUGAAGAUCUUAACAUGGUGUUGAACCAAACCCGCGACCAUAGACAACGCGUGCUGAUGAGCGUGGCCAAGGAGCUCGCCAGCUGGACCAUCAUGGUGCGCAAGAUGAAGGCCAUCUACCACACGCUGAACCUAUUCAAUAUGGACGUCACUAAGAAGUGUCUAAUUGGCGAGUGCUGGGUGCCAACUGCUGAUUUGCCUAAUGUGCAGAAGGCGCUGGCCGAUGGAUCGAACGCAUGCGGCAGUUCAAUCCCAUCAUUCCUGAACUGCAUCGAGACCGAGGAGGAGCCGCCGACCUUUAACCGCACCAACCGUUUCACGCGUGGUUUCCAGAACCUUAUUGAUUCUUACGGUGUCGCCUCCUACCGCGAGUGCAACCCUGCUCUAUACACAAUCAUCACUUUCCCGUUCUUGUUUGCGGUGAUGUUCGGUGACUUGGGCCACGGCUGCAUCAUGGCCCUCUUCGGCGCUUGGAUGGUUAUCAAAGAGACCUCCCUUGCCGCUAAGAAAACCAGCAACGAAAUUUGGAACAUCUUCUUCGCCGGUCGCUACAUCAUACUGCUCAUGGGUUGCUUCUCUAUGUAUACUGGAUUGGUUUACAAUGACAUCUUCUCCAAGUCCAUGAAUAUUUUCGGAUCUUCGUGGUCAAUCCCCUAUGACAACGAGACGAUGGCAAACAAUCUUGCUUUGACACUGGAUCCCAAAGAUUCUUACGGCGAUUAUCCGUAUUUCAUCGGUAUUGAUCCUAUUUGGCAGACUGCUGACAACAAGAUCAUCUUCUUGAACUCUUACAAAAUGAAGCUGUCAAUCAUUUUCGGUGUCAUCCACAUGAUCUUUGGUGUCUGCAUGAGCGUGGUCAACUACAACUUCUUCAAGCGUCGUUACUCCAUCGUCUUGGAAUUCAUCCCUCAAAUCGUUUUCCUGUGUCUCCUUUUCUUGUACAUGGUGUUCAUGAUGUUCUUCAAGUGGGUCGCUUACAGCACUAAGAGCGAAGACCUAGCCUACUCCCAGGGUUGCGCGCCAUCCGUACUGAUUCUGUUCAUCAACAUGAUGUUGUUCUCUAAAAACGAACCUGAGGCUGGCUGCAAAGAGUUCAUGUUCGACAGCCAGGGUCAGAUCCAACGCGUGUUCGUCCUGGUGGCUCUGUGCUGUAUCCCGGUCAUGUUGCUCGGCAAGCCACUGUACCUGCUCACUGUUAGCAAGAAGAAGGACCACGCAAAGCCCGAACAAUCUAACGGCAGCGUGAACCAAGGUAUAGAGAUGCAAGAGCAGACAGAGGUUGAUGGGCAGCCCAAGCCUGAAGCCAAGGCAAGCCACGACCACGAAGAUGAACCUUUCAGCGAGGUGAUGAUCCACCAAGCUAUCCACACCAUCGAAUAUGUGCUCAGUACCAUCUCCCACACCGCCUCCUACCUCCGACUGUGGGCUUUGUCACUAGCUCACGCGGAGUUGUCCGAGGUGUUGUGGAACAUGGUGCUGACGUUCGGUUUGAAGGACCACGACUACAUCGGCGCCAUCAAGCUGUACGUGGCGUUCUGUUUCUGGGCGCUGUUCACGCUCGCCAUCCUCGUUAUGAUGGAGGGUCUCUCCGCCUUCCUGCACACCCUGCGUCUGCACUGGGUGGAGUUCAUGAGCAAAUUCUACGUGGGUCUGGGCUACAUCUUCCAGCCGUUCUGUUUCAAGACGAUCCUCGAACAAGAGGAGAACAAGGACGACUAAACGUCCGUCACUACGUAGUGUAGAUGGAAUAGUACCACUGUUCUACUUUUGAGUAGUUGUCGAUGUCACAACAGAUGCAAAAGAAAUAUAUUUAUGCAUGUUUCAA